GGACAGUUGUCUAAGGUUGGGACAGUAGCAGGAGAUACCAUUCACCUAGAAUCUCCAGGACAAGUGAUCAGCCUGGCAGUUACAUGUGUUUUUUUUCAAAUUGGUUGCCAGGUUGGACUGACCGAUGACAUCAGAGAUUCCGACCUUCCUGAUUGGAAGGACUGGACUCCAUGGGCACCUGGAGUUCAGUUGGACAACAGUAUCUUCUCAGAGCUGUUCCCCACUCCUGACUUCUCCCAGCCUUGAGAAUUGAUAACAUACUCUUCUGGAUCCUAGCAGUGUCCAGAAGAAGGCCAUGGACAGAACAGAGACUAGGUUCCGUGAGAGGGGACAGAUUAUGGGAAAGAUCACGACCAGCCAUCAACCGCACCCCCAGGAUGAGCAGAGCCCCCAGCGGAGCACCUCGGGGUACCCCCUCCAGGAGGUGGUGGAUGACGAAUUGUUGGGAUCAUCAGCCCCUGGGGUAGAUCCCAUCCCCCCAUGUAGGUCCCUUUGCUGGAAAAAGAAGAGGGAGUGGUCAGACGAAUCUGAGGAGGAGCCAGAGAAGGAGCUCGCCCCUGAGCCUGAGGAGACCUGGGUGGCGGACAUGCUGUGUGGCCUCAAGAUGAAGCUGAAGGAACAGCGAGUGUUGCUCGUGCUCCCUGAGCACCACGAGGACUUCAACAGUCUGCUUGGCCCUGGGGUAGAUCCCAGCCCCCCAUGUAGGUCCCUUUGCUGGAAAAGGAAGAGGGAGUGGUCAGACGAAUCUGAGGAGUCAUCAUCGGAGGAGCCACAGAAGGAGCUUGCCCCUGAGCCUGAGGAGACCUGGGUGGCGGAGACGCUGUGUGGCCUCAAGAAGAAGCUCAAGCGAAAGCGAGUGUUGCUCGUGCUCCCUGAGCACCACGGCUUUAACAGGCUGCUUGAGGAUCCCGUCAUUCAAAGAUUCCUGGCCUGGGACAAAGAUCUGAGGGUGUCAGACAAGUACCUCCUGGUUAUGGUCAUAGCGUAUUUUAGGCGGGCCGGCCUCCUCUCCUGGCAAUACCAACGCAUUCAUUUCUUCCUGGCUCUCUACCUGGCCAAGGAGGAGGACGACGAGGCCCCCAAACAAAACAUCUUCUACUUCCUGUAUGGGAAGACUCGCUCUCAUACACACUUGUUCCAUAAGCGUUGGUUCCAGUUACGCCGUUCCAUGAACUGGAGGGCCAGGAAGAACCACUCUCAGAUAGCCUUGUUCCAGGAGCUUCGGUUCCAGUUCUUCUGUUCCAUGCGCUGCAGGGCUUGGGUUUCCCCGGAGGAGUUGGAGGAGAUCCAGGCUUAUGACCCAGAACACUGGGUGUGGGCGCGAGAUCGUGCCCGCCUUUCCUAG